UCACGCCCAUCGCCGUCGCCGCCACUGCCGCUCGUAAUCAUCAAUGAGUCGCUCCGCAGUGAGCGCUGUGCCUGUGCUGCUGCGUCCACUUUAAACUCGGAUUCGUGCGCGUGUUGUUUACAAAUUCCGGGCCUGCAUUGUGCGAUUCAAGGCGCCGUGUGGCCGCUAAAUUUAUUUGCAAACUGGCCUCUCGAAGGCUUCCAAGUUUCGCUGAGAUUUCGGCCAAAAAAUACAGUGGGGAUAGUUCGUUCAUUUGUGAAGGGAGAGGGGGGACUGUAAAAGCCCAGAGACCAGCUCACAAAUACUUAGAGAACGACGACACACACACGCGCGCACUCAUACAUGGACGCGGGCAGAGCUACGCUCUUUUGUCUACGUCUUUGACUUUUUCUCGUUUGUAAUCAUUUUCCUCCCAUUCGUACGUGUUUUUUCUACAAAUAUUAGAGCUCGCGAGCUGCUAAUUAAAUUAUAAAACAUACAGAAGCGUUAAAGACUGCGAAGACGACGACGACAACGGCGGAAUCCCAACCAAGCCCACAAUCCCCGCUCGUUGGCCCAUUUUCGCUGGAAGAGCGCACUAAACACUAAACACUGAAUGCGGAACGCUCUGAAAGGCGAGGAGGAGAGAGUGUCAAAAGCAACGGCUAAUAGCUUUCACCAAAUCUAGUUUUCCUGGUUGGACUCUCGCCCAGGAGCUCAGCUAUGUAGAAGCCAGACUGAGCAAACAGCAGCAGGGGAAAUCUACAGAAAGAGACACCACACACCACCGCCAUGUCGUUCAUCACCAACCUAAAGAAGGUCUUCCACCUCGGCGGGGGUGAGGCCAAAAAGAAGCGGCUGUUCAAUAACAUCAAGAUGGACACCGAUCCGGCGGAGGUCUGGGAAAUGGUCGGCGAGCUGGGCGACGGAGCCUUCGGCAAGGUGUACAAGGCCCAGCACAGAGAGCAGAAGCGCUUCGCCGCCGCCAAGAUGUGCCAGCUGGAGGAUGAGGAGAAUCUUAGCGAUCACAUGGUCGAAAUCGAUAUUCUCUCCGAGAUCAAGCACCCCAACGUGGUGGAGCUGUACGAGGCCUUCUCCAUCGAUGAUAAGCUCUGGAUGCUCAUCGAGUACUGCGAUGGUGGGGCCCUGGACAGCAUCAUGGUGGAGCUGGAGAAGCCACUGACUGAGCCGCAAAUUGCCUACGUCUGCAAGCACAUGACCGAGGGUCUCACCUUUCUGCACCGGAACAAGGUCAUCCAUCGCGAUUUAAAGGCCGGCAAUGUCCUGCUUACCAUGGAGGGCGGCGUCAAGCUGGCCGACUUUGGUGUCUCGGCCAAGAAUAAGCACACAAUGCAGAAGCACGACACCUUCAUUGGCACUCCCUACUGGAUGGCGCCGGAGCUGGUGCUCUGCGAAACGUUCCGGGACAAUCCGUACGAUCACAAAGUGGACGUCUGGUCAUUGGGCAUCACGCUCAUCGAGCUGGCCCAGAUGGAGCCGCCCAACAGCGAGAUGUCGCCCAUGCGCGUGCUCCUCAAGAUUCAGAAGAGCGAGCCGCCCAAGCUGGAGCAGCCGACCAGGUGGAGCAAGGAGUUCAAUGAUUUCCUCAAGAAGUCUUUAGUCAAAGAUCCGCAAAUGAGGCCCACAACGGAUGUGCUGCUGCAGCACAGCUUCAUCAGCAGGGAUUUAGAUGCAAAGCCCAUCAGGGACCUGCUGCUCGAGUACAAAGCCGAGGUCGUGGAGGAAGUGGUGGACGAUGAGGCCGAGGAACCCCGCAACUCGGCGCUCCAGCUCGACCUGGACGAUGACUCUGCUUCGCUGCAGAGCCAAGACAUUGACAAACUUCCAGGUACACCUACAUCCAUUUUGCGGGAUGCCAAAGAGCAGUCCCAACCAAGUAGCAGUUUACCAAUCGCAGCAGCGGCCACUGCAGCAGCAACCACUAAAGCCACCACUCCGGACAGACCAAACCACACAAAGGAUGACAAUGCUGAAGCGGCAGUACAGCAGCCGCAGCAGCAUACCAAAGUGCCUGCUCCAGCGCCGCCUUCGCCCCAGCAAACGCCUCCACCACAAGUCCAGCAGCCACCAACUCCGCCAGCAGCAGCAGCAGCAGCUGCUGUGGCACCUGUCACGGAAGCAGCUGAAAAAACCGAGUCCGACAAGAAGCACUUUGUCAAAAAGGAAAAGGGUAAGGCGCCGCCACCACCGUCACCCUUGGGCAUUACAAAUUCAAAGCAACCGGCCCAGAAAUUGGCCUCACCCGAACCCGCCACCACAGCCAUUGAGGUGGCCAUUGGCCAAGAGGCGGCGGAGCAGAAACCGCAGCCGCCCUCGCCCACCGCCUCGUCCAUUGUCUCCGUGCAAUCGGUGGCCUCGUCCAGCUCCUCAGGCAGCAUUUCCAACGCAGUCCUGAGCUCGAGUACAUCCUUGAUUACGAUCAACAGCGAUGCGCCGACACCACAGCAUCAGCAGCAUCAGUUGCAGCCACAGCAUGUGGUGUUGCCAAACAGCCUGGAGUCCGUGAGUCAGAUCACUGUGGUCACCAGCACUCAUCCACCGGUGAUUAUCGACAACUCAGUGGUGCCGCCACAGCCACAGCUGCAGAGCGAGGUGAUCAUUGUGUCCAACGAUCUGAACAAGAGCACGCACUUGCACGAGUCCUCGACGGAUGAUGACUUCCCCUCGUUGGACGACAGUUUGGGCGAUGCCAGCACGCCGCCCCACAAGCAAUCUUCCAUGAUAUUGGCCGUCAAUGACCCGGCAGGAGUGGUUCCCGUUCCACCGCCCCAGCCGCAAACGUCAUCCACUGUCCACGCCCGCAAGCUGGACGAAAGUGAGGUGCUCAUUGUAAGCCCCUCAUACGCGGAUGAUGAUUCUGCCUAUAACACGGCCUCUGGCAGUCACAGCCACGAUCACAGCGAUCAUCUGAUGGACACCAGUCAUGUGUCCGUGGUAACCGUCGGCGAUGAGGAGAUCAAGGUGAAGGACAGCAGCAACGAGCUGGGAAAACGACAGCCAAACGGACUUGGCAUUGUGCCCGAGGACGUUAAUAUUAUCGUGAACCGGUUCAAGCAGGAGAAGCGUUCGCCGGACAGCUCGCUGAGCGAGAAUGGGUCGAUGCGCGGACGUCGGGGCAUUGAGGUGCAAGUGAGCGGCAGCGUUGGCUCCGACGUGGACAGCAUUGGCACCAACACUAGUCAGGACAGCCGUCACGAGGUGGAUCACAACAACAAGCAGCAGCAACAGCAGCAGCAGCCACCAGCUGCCGUGCUCAUGCCUCCGCCGCCGCCUUCGGUAACGAAUAACCACAAUCACAUGACCAUCGAUGAGGAGGAAGAAGUGGUGAUCCGGCCCAAGGCGAGAGUUCCGCCCGUGGUUAAGUCGGUUAACGCGCAAGGGCUUACGAAGGAAGAGAUUGAGCUGCGCAAUCUGCGGAAGAAGACUCGCAAGCGCACGCGCAAGUUCGAGAUCGAUGGCGUACAGAUGACCACCACCACGAGCCGGGUGAUCUACGGCGACGAGGAGAAUGGACGGAUCUACGAUGACCACGACUUCCGUAAGCAGGAGCUGCGUGAACUGAAGAUGCUGCAGAAGCAGGAGAAGAAGCAGCAGACGGAGCUACACACGAAGGAGCAGCAGGCCAAGGAGCAGCAGGAUCGCCGCUUCGAGCAGGAGCGCACGUCGCUGGAGAAGACAUACGAGGCGGACAUGGACAUGCUGGCGCGCCAGCACAAGCAGCUGGUGGAGAAGACUGAGCAGACGCAGGAGAACGAGCUACGCUCUUCGUCCAAGCGCAUCCGCUCCGAGCAGGAGCAGGAGCUGAAGAUCUUCCGCGAGAACCUCAAGCAGGAAAUUCGGCUGUUGAAGCAGGAGGUCGACCUGUUCCCCAAGGACAAGCGCAAGGAUGAGUUCAAGCAGCGCCGCUCGGCCAUGGAGCUGGAUCACGAGGAGAAGGAGCGCGCCUUUCUGGACUCGCUGAAGGAGCGGCAUGAGCUCCUGCUGAGGAGACUCAGCGAGAAGCAUCGCGACCAUCUGGCCACCAUCAAUCGCAACUUCCUGCAGCAAAAGCAGAAUGCCAUGCGAACGCGCGAGGCCCUGCUCUGGGAGCUGGAGGAGAAACAGCUGCACGAACGCCACCAGCUGUCCAAGCGGCAUGUUAAGGAGCUCUGCUUCAUGCAGCGCCACCAGAUGAUUAUCCGGCACGAGAAGGAGCUGGACCAGGUGAAGCGCAUGUUACAGCGCAAGGAGGAGGAUCUGGUGAAGAAGCAGACGCUUGAGAAGCGGGCCCUGCCCAAGCGUAUCCGGGCGGAGCGCAAGGCACGCGACCUCAUGUUCCGCGAAUCCUUGCGCAUAUCCACUAACCUGGACCCCGAGAUUGAACGUGAUCGCUUGAAGAAGUUCCAGGAGCAGGAGAAGAAGCGCUACAUGCAGGAGGAGCGCCGCUUCGAGGUCAAGCAUCAAAAGCAAUUGGAGGAGCUGCGCGCCACCCGCGAGAGCGCCAUAAGGGAACUGGAGCAACUCCAGAACGAGAAGCGCAAGGCUCUGGUGGAGCACGAACAUGCCAAGCUGGCCGAGAUUGAUGAGCGACUCAAGGCCGAGCUGCGCGAGUGGCGCGAACAGUUGGUGCCCCGCAAACAGCGGCUGAACCAAUUGAUCGCGACGGCCAUCGAUCAGCACGAGAAGCGCUAUGGCCUGGUGGCCAAUCGGGAGGAGUUCGAGGACCAGGAGGUGGAGCUUCCGGUGCGGCUGCGCGGCAUCUACAGCGACCGCUCCUCCCGCCUGCUGCCCCGCAACACCUUCAUCGAUCCGCAGCACAUGCCCCGCUCCCGUUCCUCGCUUCUGAUGAUGGGUGGCAGCGGCUCCGGCAGCAGACUAUCCAAUUUCCGUGGCUCCGCUCCGGAUCUCAGUCGCAGUGUGCCCAGUACGCCCAUCCUGCACAAGCAGCAGCGAUCGCAGAUGAUCAGUGAUUAUGUGCUGGAGGAGGACGAGGAGCAGCUGCUGGCCGAGCAGAUGAAGCGUGCCAGUGUGACGACACUUCCGGCCCAGAACCAGUUGCGUCUGAUCACCCAACUGCCGGCCAACGAGCUUGUCAAGGUAGUGACUACUACUCCGCCCAUAAACAGCGCCGAGGAUGCUAGCUCCAAGCCAGCAAUGAGCACUUUUCGGGCCAGCAGUACAUCACCGAGGACCCCAGAUGAUCUGGGUCUGGUGAGCAAUCGAUUCAGCUGCCUGGAUGCCAAGGCAGCGACGGAGGCCAGCGUAGAGCUGCGUAUCCGCGAAGGACCAGUGCUGACCGCGCACACUCAGCGCCUGCUGCACUCCACCUCGUUUGCGAUUAAGCGACCCUCGGUGGCCAGCCGGAGUAGCGGACGAUCCUCGCUGAGCAGUGCCCAGUCGAUGUACAACAUUAACGAGCUGACCACUCGGUUUACCAGCGAUGCGGACCUGAUCUUCGACUCGGGACGCAAAGCAGCCGCCUUGCUGGAUGAGGUGCAACCGCAGCUAAGAUCCUCCGUAAAGCCGGGACACAGCCGGCUCAAUGGAAGCGUGGUGUCGGCGGAUUCGGCGGCCUCGUCUUCCGAUGAUUUCUACUACGAUCUGUACGCGGCCAAGUACAGGCUGCCGAGGGUGAACCAGCGACAGCACAGCUGCGAGGAGGACUCGUCGGCCAUCUAGGAGGGACAAUCACGGAUCAUAAUGAUCAGCACUUGCCAGCCAGUCUCCUGCAUGCACCGCAGCUACUAACCACUAACCCAACCAGCAAUCAAACGCCUAUACUCACACCUACUGACACUGAAUCAAGAAACCGCUUUCAUUCCUCGCUUGGUGCUGGCUAACUACCGUAGAGUCCCACAUAUCAUCUUGCUAACCCAAUUUGUACAGCUUUCUCACCUUUUACUGCUCUGCAUCGGAAAUUGCCAUGCAUACACACACACUCUGUCUUGCCAAAGUUGAUUAUUUUUGUCCGUUGGAAUCGCAAGUCUUACUAUAUAUUGAACGAAAGUGGAUUUAGUACUUGUGUUUGCCUAAUUUUAAUUAAAUUAAAGUAUUCCCUUGACUUGGACCAGCCCUCCGCCUCCAAAUGCAUUCCAUUUUAGCAGUAUUAUCAAAGUACUUAGUAACCAAAUGAAACGAGAAAAAAAGAGAAUAAUAAAGAAUAUAAUCAAGAACAUUCCAUUCUUAGCCACAUGCCAAGCAUUUGUGUAGCCAUAUCUUACUCUAAACAUACUUAAAUACGAACAUAAAUAUAUAUACUUAUAAUCAUAUCGCAAUUUUCAUGAUGCUUCACUGUACACACACCCACUCUUACAUAUAAACACACACACACUACAACGCGCUGCUAUUGAAAAAACAAAAAAAAAAAAAACCAAAACCAACAAAAAUCUGUAUCCAAAAACUUUUCUUGCCGGCUCUCCUCCUCCUCUUCUCGUAAUGUGUAAAGCAACUACAGCAGCGGCUGCAACAAGAG